AGCAGAUACAGGAUAGGAAAGGAGAGGGCAGGGAUAAAAAGGCUAGAGAGCGAGCGAGAAGUAGGAAUGGGGAAGAAAUACUGGAGAAAGAAAGGGAAGGUGCAUGAGAAAAAGAAAGGAAUAAGAAAACACGCACAGCCGCUCUCGCGCGUACGCCGAAGGGCGCUUUCGCCAUCUUCGGCCACAAGGUGGCACCCUUUGAACUUUCUUUCUACUCCCCCCCCCCAAAAAAAUGAGACGGGGGGAGGGGGCGAGAGGAGGGAGAAAAGGCAAAGCACUCUUCCAACCAAGAACAAUUUGAAAACCCACCCCAUAAUAUUUAAAAGCUGGGACAAAGAAGCGUCGGGACGGAGCUGCUUCAAAACUGCAAAACGUUAGCGGAGCCUCCGGAGGGGUCCGCCGCCCGAGUCAGGAGCAGCCCCUUUAAAAAAGCGGAGUACAGUAUUGGGAUUCUUGAAACCUGAAACCUAGAAACAGAAUCGAAGCGGAAACCAGAGGGAAAACCUUGAACUCCUCCAGACAAUUGCUUCCGGGGAGUUCCAGGAGCGCGAGGGGGAAUAAAGGGCCCGCGAGCAGGGCCCCUCGGAUGGCGCGUCCCUGAGUGUCCUGGCCAGUUCGAGGCGCGUGGGAAGCAGAGGACCCUACCUCUCCCUAGGCUGCAGGUCAUGGCCACCGUGGAGCAGAAAGCCCUCGGCAUUGGCUUCAAGUGUCUCUCCUUGGCCACUUUUGUGCUCAUCUGCGCCGGGCAAGGGGGACGCAGGGAGGAAGGGGCUCCAGCCUGCUACGGGGGAUUUGACCUGUACUUCAUUUUGGACAAAUCAGGAAGUGUGCUGCACCACUGGAAUGAAAUCUAUUACUUUGUGGAACAGUUGGCUCAUAAAUUCAUCAGCCCACAGCUCAGAAUGUCCUUUAUUGUCUUCUCUACUCGAGGCACAACCCUAAUGAAGCUAACAGAAGACAGGGAACAGAUCCGUCAAGGCCUAGAAGAACUCCAGAAGGUCCUGCCAGGAGGAGACACUUACAUGCAUGAAGGAUUUGAAAGGGCCAGCGAGCAGAUUUAUUAUGAAAACAGUCAAGGAUACAGGACGGCCAGCGUCAUCAUUGCUUUGACCGAUGGGGAACUCCACGAAGAUCUCUUUUUCUAUUCAGAGAGGGAGGCUAACAGAUCCCGAGAUCUUGGUGCCAUUGUUUACUGUGUCGGUGUGAAGGAUUUCAAUGAAACACAGCUGGCCCGGAUUGCGGACAGCAAGGACCACGUGUUUCCCGUGAAUGACGGCUUUCAGGCUCUGCAAGGCAUCAUCCACUCAAUUUUGAAGAAGUCCUGCAUCGAAAUUUUAGCAGCUGAACCAUCCACCAUAUGUGCAGGAGAAUCAUUUCAAGUAGUUGUAAGAGGAAACGGCUUCCGACACGCCCGAAACGUGGACAGGGUCCUCUGCAGCUUCAAGAUCAACGAGUCAGUCACCCUCAAUGAGAAGCCCUUCACUGUGGAAGACACUUACUUGCUGUGUCCAGCACCUAUCUUAAAAGAAGUUGGCAUGAAAGCCGCACUUCAGGUCAGCAUGAACGAUGGCCUCUCUUUCAUCUCCAGUUCUGUCAUCAUCACCACCACACGCUGUUCCGAUGGCUCCAUCCUGGCAAUUGCCCUGCUGAUCCUCUUCCUGCUGCUGGCCCUGGCUCUCCUCUGGUGGUUCUGGCCCCUCUGCUGCACCGUGAUUAUCAAGGAGGUCCCUCCACCCCCUGCGGAGGAGAGUGAGGAAGAAGAUGAUGAUGGUCUGCCCAAGAAAAAGUGGCCUACCGUAGAUGCCUCUUACUAUGGUGGGCGAGGCGUUGGAGGCAUUAAAAGGAUGGAGGUUCGUUGGGGAGAAAAGGGUUCCACAGAAGAAGGUGCUAAGUUGGAAAAGGCAAAGAAUGCCAGAGUCAAGAUGCCGGAGCAGGAAUACGAAUUCCCCGAGCCUCGAAAUCUCAACAACAACAUGCGGCGGCCCUCUUCCCCUCGGAAGUGGUACUCCCCAAUCAAGGGAAAACUGGAUGCCUUGUGGGUCUUACUAAGGAAAGGAUAUGAUCGUGUGUCUGUGAUGCGUCCACAGCCAGGAGACACGGGGCGCUGUAUCAACUUCACCAGAGUCAAGAACAAUCAGCCCGCCAAGUACCCCCUCAACAACGCCUACCACACCACCUCACCGCCUCCUGCCCCCAUUUACACCCCCCCGCCCCCUGCUCCUCAUUGCCCUCCCCCACCCCCCAGUGCUCCCACCCCUCCAAUUCCAUCUCCACCUUCCAUCCUUCCCCCUCCUCCUCAAGCUCCACCUCCCAACAGGGCACCACCCCCCUCCCGACCUCCUCCUAGGCCUUCUGUCUAGAACCCAAAGUUCAUGCUCUGGGCUCUUAGAAACUUUGGGGAGAAGGCUCCUCUGUGGUGUUAGAAUAAGUCUUUCCAGUUAGGGGAGGCUUCUGCUUUGGAAAUGAGUGGUGAUAAAGCCCACUGACCUUCACACACCUUAAAAAUUGGUUUGUAAUGCCAAUACAUCAACAAUUGUGAUCAGCAGAAAGAAACAGAAAUUUUGAAACGCCUGAAAACAAAUGAUGAGGCACCUACAGUCACAAUUAUAGCCAGCCAUCACCUCUAGAAGGUUCCAGAGACAGCGAAACUGCUGAGAUGCUCUUAAAUGGGAUUGUGUCUCAUGGAGACCAAUAAGAAAAUCAUUUCUCUGAGGGUGAAACGCAGAGUCGGAUGGAUGAGAAAUAACAUUGCUGGGUUUCUAAAUGUUGCCUUCCCUCCUCCACUCCAUAUCCAUCACUUGGCCCUGGACCCUUGGCCUAGGAACCAAGGAAUCCUCACCCAAGAAGGUGAAAACCCUUUGCCUACAACUUUGGGAAAAGCUUGGGGUCCCCAUUGUGGCAAGAAACUCAACAUCAGACAGGUAUCCAAAAGCAUGUUCACCUGGGAUUUGCAAAGGAGUAAAAACAUAUGCCUUAUUUUCCUUUCAAAUUCUCCCAGUUUCCAAGUGAGGAAGAAAGCAGGUGUUUACAGAUGGAAAAAGGUAUGUUGCCAUGUUGCUGUGUAAGUGAAAUCAGGUGUGUGCAUUGACUGGCGAGUACUGAUGAGAGCAUCAGACAGUUUCUAAAACCCCGAGGCCACCAGCAGCUAGAGGUGGCUGGCUUUGGCCCGACAUGGUCCACUAAUCAACAGACAAUGGCACUGUUGAAAAGCAACCUGUUAAUGAUUCGUGUUAAAAAUCAAGAUUAGGCUUCAGUUUAAAUCACUUAAGAAGUAUAAAGGAGUGACUGAUCCCAUUUUUCAGAGACAAACAUGAGUUGAUCUUCCGAAAAUGGCAUCACUAGCACCUACCAUACAAUCUCACUGGUUUUUUUAUCUUUCUUUCUUUCUUGGUAAAGUUGUAUACUGGAGAUUUCUAGGUAGAGUUGAGGGACAAUGGUCCUAACAUAAUAUGGAAACCAUCUCCAGGUUCUUUAAUUAACCACAAAAAAAGCCAUGUAUGUGUAGAUGCAAAUGUAUUUCUCCUUGGCUUUUCAACAUACUCAUAAAUAUAAGCUGUCAACCCAGGAGGAAUAUACUAGAUGUUCUGCCUGAAACUCCCACCAGGCCUGGGAUCCACCCCAUUCCUCCAAGUCUUUCUGAAUCUGUUGUCAUCAGUAAGCCCUAUCAUCACUUUCUAAACAUUGGGCUUCAUCAUCCUGCAUGAAAACAGAGGGCCUCCUGCACCACCCUAUUCGAAAUUAUCUUCCCCUCCAGCUUUCCACAGGUCUUAAAAUUCCUCUCCCAAACUGCUCAAAGUCUUAAAAUUUUCUGGAACAAAGCAGAAUACAAAAUAAAUAUAACCUUAGUGCUUUGAGUUAUGGUCUCCAAAGAUCCUUCAAGAACCCAUCAAGCCAGCCUGAUUCUUGUACCUUACUUAGAACACAGAUAUUCCGUCAACACCAAUUCUUGUAGCCAUGGCAGACAUUGCUCAUCAAUCACGGCACUAUCCCAGGAGCCCAACAAUUUCUUCACAAUCCUCACACCAGAACUUCAAAGAGCCAGCAUUCCUCAAUAUUUGAGAGAGAGAUGAGCUCUAUUUUCCAUCCCCACUUCAGAAAGCAGAAACAAACAGGAAUUGAUGGAGGAAUGGGGAAUCCUUGGGCAUAAAAGGUACAGUCAGGGGAACAUAGGUCUCAGCAGAGUGCCUUAGUGGGGGACCACAGGCACUAAAUCUGCAGUGCCAAUGCCAAACUGACAUGUCUCUAAGUGUACCUCAGACCCAGCCCUUCUCCCAGCCUGCCACUUCCAAAUGCCCAGCCUUCUCAUAGAGGUAAAAUCAGAGAGGGUUUCCAGGACUUUUGAAAGCAACCUCCCUUUGCCACCCCCUCAACCUGGCCUGUAUUGUCUGUUCUUACAACAUGAGGCUUCUUCUUUAGUAUAGUCCCUCAUGAAGCAGGGGCCGCAAUGUCUCAGCCGCCUGCAGUGACAUUGCUGGACUCCAGCAAACCAUUCCAUAGGAGAAUGGGUUCCCCGGGCUCACAGCAUAGAGACGUUGAGCCCAUGGCAACUGUUUUGACUGCUGGCAGUACAGAACAGUCCACCCCACACCACUGCCGCCUGACUCACUGGGGCCAUAAGAAAGUUCAAGCCAAGAUGCAGACAUUGUACAAGAUGGCGGGCACCAUUCGGGAUCUCAACAGCACAUCAGUGAGAAGCCCUGUGCAGUUUCCACGAUGUCUUGGUGAACUUUCGGAUGAAUAGGGAACUGCAAAUACAUGCUGAUUUCCAAGAGGAUUAGCAGGGUUUGUCCUUAAAAGGGACUCAUCAUGUCAUCCCUAGUCAUUUAGAAUUACAGUUGAGAAGGUGAAACUUCUAGACUAUACGAAUAAGGCAAUAGUAGGCUAGUCCAGACAAAAUUCUUUGACUGGUUUAUAAAAUCUAUCAGUACUUGUAUCAUUCCCUGUAAAAGGCAGCAGACAUAUGAUUGUGAUCAGGAAACUGCACAAAAUUAUUUUUUCAACCCCCAUGUUAUUGUCCUUGUGAAGUUUUUUUUUUUAAUAAAAGCCAACUUUUUGUUGUAUAUAUUCGUAUUUCAUGUGUUAGAUGGAAGCAUUUCCUAUCCAGUGUGAAUAAAAAGAACGGUUGUAGUAAAUUAUUAUAAAGCCAAUGAUAUUUCAUGGCAGGUUAUUCUACCAAGCUGUGCUUGUUGGUUUUUCCCAAGACUGUAUUGCUUUUCAAAAUGUACAAAUAGUUACCAAAAUGACGAGACCCCUGUUUGCACAGCAUUAAUAAGAACGUUGAGUUCCGUGGUCCUCUCCAUCGAACACCAGCUCACAAACAGUUUCUGGCCUGGAGCUUUGCACAUACUGCAGCGAGACUGUAAAAGUUCUCUCUUUGACUAAGAUCAAGAACAGAGCAGGUGGGCAAAUUCAUUAAUAGACUUGGAUAUCUGGCCAUGGGUCACCUCAUUGUAAAUAUCACUAAAAUGGGCCAAGAGGAUUUUGAUGUCUCAUAAACACUUAGAGUCCAAACACUGUCAGAUGAGAAAAAUCCACCAAAGAACUAGAAAAGAUAAUAAUAAUUAUGACAUAGUGAGCAAGUUUCAGCCCAAUGCCAACUCAAUAAAAACAAUUAAUGCUGUGUAAAAUGGGUUGAAUUAGCUUGCGAACUAUAUAAAGAUAUAUGCAGUAAAAAGCCUGUUAAUGCACACCAGAUGGGAAUGGGGUAUUCUAGUCAAUUGCCUUUUCUAGUUAUCUGAGCUCUACUAUAUUAUCAUACUUGGAUAACCAAUUUAAAAGAAUUAGAAUAUGAUUUUUUAAAUACACUUAACAUUAAACUCUUUUUCUAGUCCUUUCUUCUUUCUGCAAUAAUUCAGAAGACAGUUACGGAUCUUCAGUGAGUCAUUGUUAUAAAAAAUCAGUUAUCACUGUACCAUGCUAUAGGAGACUGGGCUAACCCUGCACAAUGACAAACUCUGGAAGUUGCUUUUUUAAAAAAAUAAUAAAUUCCUAAAAUCAUCUCUUUUACUGGUUAUUCGUCUCUUUGUUAUGAAAAUAAAGUGUAGACUGUUCAAGUGCUUAACAUCUUGAUAAUAAAAUGACUGUUGUUAUGCAAA